GUUAUCUAACAGCCAAGCCCGGGCAUCAAGCUCCUCAUAUCGGAUCAGCCAUCGCCGCCGCUGCCGAGGGCCGCCGAAGAAGAGCCUGUGUUCCGAAGAUGGGCGAGGAGGGCCCCGACUCUCUCCCCUCUGCCUUGGCCCAGACUCUGCGCCUCGAUUCCUAUGGAGAUGCAAUCCAGAGAGCCUAUGAGACGGAGAAAGAACACGAGAGUCAGAUCGGGAGACCGCUAAAGCCGCUUCCUUCAACUCACCAUGCCACCUUUGGCAACAAUUCCGCCCGGACGGUGUCAUCCCAUAGUAGUGAUAGUGGUGGAGGUGCCGCUUCCCUUGCAGACGAAGGCGAAGGAGGUCGUGAAGCCGAAUGGGAAACCAAGACGACGGCCCCCACCUCGCCGGCCCCGUCUUCGCCCCCAAGUGUUUCCAUGCCGAGGUGUCAACCUCUCCACCAAGGAAUGCCCAGGCCACUCUCAGAGACCUCUGAAACUUCUAGAGAGAAGGAGCUGUUUCGUUUCGCCCGAGGCCAUGGCGACUACCUCAGUGCAAGGAGGACUUCUCCUGCAGCCGUCUCGCAGAGAGACUUGAGAAUGCUUCUACCGUACUGGCCAAGGCAAGGAGUCUCUCAGGAAGUGGCUCUCCUCAACGCUAGUGGAGAAGCCGGAACCUCUCACUUGAGUGACAUGGAGGCACAGGCUCGCCUUUUUGCGCAAGAGAGGAGCUCAACGCGAAGCCCUCGUCCAUCCUUCUCUUCCGCGGCAAAGAGCCAUCAACACUCUUCCAGGCACGGCGACAGGUCGGGAAAAUCUGCCGUUGAUGAGGUCGACGAGAUAGUCGAGUUCCAUAGCGCUGUUAGUCCUCCCGCCAACCAUAAGAAGUGGAAGAGCUCACGAAGCGCCUUGGAAGAUCCUCAUUACUUCGGAGGGUCCGGAAUGCCCGACGUCACAGCUUCCUCUGGGCACGCACCAGACUCUCUCUACGAUGAUGGUCAUCCAACGAGACUUGCUGCAGAGCCAGGGGCAUGGCCAGCUGAUGGGUCUGCAGACAAGCACGAUGACGAUGGCAUUGAGCGCCCUGAUGUCAGCUCCGCCUCCUUCAGAGCCUCGAGGCUCGUGGACGAGAUCUACCCCACCAGUGCAUCACAAGACGAUGAUCACGAACAAGACUGGCCGACACAUGAGGGACGAUGCGACCACCAUCGUCGUGGUUCGUCUUGGUCACAUCGCGGACGGCGGCGGCUGCGCUCGGAGGUCAAGCUGCGACUCAGCAUACGUAGAGCUCAGAACGAAUUCUGGUCCGAUUUAGCUCUACUCGAGGCAGAGCAAGAGGAAGAGGAGCGACUGACAAAAGAGAAGCUGGCAAUUGAGGCAGCCUCGGCGAAAGCUGCCGCUACCGAGGCAGAUAAGAAGCGCCGAGAACGGACGUCCAGAGCGGAGAAGAGGGUACAGGCUCUUAAAGGAGGCAAGAACUCAGGCGCUGGGGGAGCUGGAAAGAAGCUGACUCUGGCAGAUCUUCGCGCCAGGACAGCGGCAGCCUUCCAAGGUGGCGGCACUGCAAAUGACAGUUCCAGUACCGCACCUGUUCCGCCACCUGUUCAAGUGCCAUCUGGGUCCCCUCCUGGUCUCGGACUGUCACAGCAAGACACUUCGCCCCCAAGGUCAAUGUCGACAGCAGCAAAGUCAGUUUGCUAUGAAAGGUCCCUACAGACUUGCGAAGCUCCCUCUGGUCCCUUUCUCUUCCGAUGCGAUUCAUCGACGACACGUGAGCUAGCGGCUGCUCGGCUCAAGCUUCAAGCUGUGCUGUCCAAGCCUUUCGACGACGUUGCCGAAGACCUUGACCUACCGUGCCUCACACAAGAGACGCGGGCCACUUGGGACAAAGGAGUGGCUGACAGGCAGUGCGUGAUGAUCAAAGCAAAAGCACCGAUGGUAUGGCCCGAAGAAGACAGGCCACGUGCCAAAUUCACUGCAGGCACUGUCAGCAGUGCCAUUCUGCAAAGAAUGGGACAAAAGGUACCUGAGAAUUGCAACCGUGCCAAGGACUUCAUAUUCAGCCCUUGGGACGAUCUAUCGAGUCCUACUGCGAGGGGCGACAAGGCACGAGAUGCGUCUCCCCAUGGCGACAUCCGCGCAGGGAGCAUUGACCCGGAGCGCGAGGGCAAACGAAUCGUCUCAAAGGCAAAGGCAGGGCCGCCCGCGAUGACGAGCGACACGACGUUUGCUGGUACGCGCCAGCGUAGCGCGCAACGCGGCGAUAUGUCAGGUUGUUCUCAAUCAAAGGCCACUCAACCUUGUCCCCCCACAUCUCCCUCCUUGCCCUCUGAGGUCUUCCUCCCCUUUCACGAUCAACACUCUGCUUCAUCUGCUCCAUCGCCAUCAACGACAACAUCCCCUCAGCCGCCCAAGACGUCGCCGAGGAUGUCGCGUCGCAAGAAGGCCAACAUGAACAAUAUCCACCAUCAGCUCAAUUCUGCUCGCUGGACCACAUCGCCUCCCACUGCCACCGCUUCUGCUCAGCAAAGUGGUGCAUACAUGGACUCACAUCAAGAGGGCACCUCUACUCAAGGCAGAUCCCUUACUUCGUCGGCGCUCUUCCCGGACGAGUACAUCUGCCUCUUCUGCGAGUAUGCCCUGUUCUAUGGCACCAAACCCCUGUUGCUCAAAGCCUGUCGUCAUCGCAAGAAAACAGUCAAGUGCAAAGCACAAGCAGAGGACAAGAAGAAGAGGCGAGAGGGCAAGGUGGCUGGCACUGUUUCCGGCCAUAAUACAGGAAACCACCAUCAUGAUCAUACUUGCACUCAGUCUCGGGUCUCCUCCGGACAAAACGGCGAGGACCUCUGGAUCUGCUACGUCUCCUCACCCAGCCGAGCUUGCGGAAUCGUCUGCAAGCUCCGUUAG